AUGAAACUGACUAUUCUUUUAGUAGUUAUCUGCUGUGUAGCAGUAACUUUGGGUUGUGACAAAGCUUGUCAAAGGAAAAAGGCAAAAGAUUUACAAAAGGCUUGUGCAGAAUUAGGUGGAGGUACGAAAAUCAAAUUGGAAAUUGACAUCGCUGGAGGUGGAUGCAGACCACCAUGCAAAAAGAGAAGGAAGAGCAAACCUAGUGAAGGAGGUGGUGAAGCUCCUGAAGGUGAUGACGGAGGAAAACGUAAACGAUAA